AUGUUCUUUGGUGGCGGUGGUCGCCGCCGGGGUCCGCCGCGGAGUGACGAUGUGCAGUCUAAGAUUGCGUUUAACUUGGAGGAUUUCUUUAACGGGGCUACGAAGAGUAUGGCGAUUAAUCACGACGUGAUUUGCGAGGAGUGUAAGGGUGAAGGUGGUCCGCUGGAUGCUAUUCAAAAGUGUGAGGACUGUGGUGGCAAGGGUAUCCAACUGCUGUAUGAGCGUAUGGGGCCCAUGAUCCGUCAGUCGCAGGCUCCUUGUCGUGCAUGUGGGACGAAGGGCAAACGCUGCGCACCGGGAAAGCAGUGCAAGAAGUGCAGCGGUAAGGGAGUAGUACGGGAGCGCAAGGUGGUGGAAGUCCACCUGCCGCGUGGCGCUCCGGAUGGCCACCGAGUCACCUUCACUGGGGACGCGGAUCAGGUGCCCGGCCAGUUGCCCGGGGACGUCAUCUUCAACUGCGUGCAGCGACCGCACGAUGUAUACACCCGCCGAGGAGAUGACUUGUUCAUGACCAAGGAGAUUACUCUUAAGGAGGCACUCUGUGGAGGUGGGUUCUACAUACGCACUCUCGACCAGGAGGAGAAAUUCAUCCAGCUGAACCAGACCAUAAAACAAGAUCAGGUUCUAGCUGUCGAAAACGAAGGCAUGUCCCGUAACGGAUCCAUGUUCGUGCGCGGCAACCUCUUUAUUCGCUUCGAUAUCAAAUUCCCCACUCUCUCCGACGCCGAAAAGAAAAUACUCGAAAAAGCACUCAAGGGAGACCUUUUGAAGCCGCGCCCGGACAGCGAAGUACUCUCUCUCAAAUACAUCGACCCCAAGACCCAAGACCGACGGGGAGAUGACGAGGACGAAUAUGAACAAGGCCCCGGAAACGUACAAUGCAAACAAGCUUAG